GUUAGGAAUGUCGGCAAUAAGCGUCAGUCAUCAAGAAUCAGGGUUCCACAAGUCAAGAUUUCAAAUAAUUUAAAGACGAGUUUCAAUUUGGAAAAUUAUGAUAUUUUAUGUCUAUUUGACGUCGAAUUUCCAUAUACAAAAAAAAUCUUUGAAACGUUGUCAGUGAACCAGGUCAACAUGUUUAGAACCAAAUGGCCGCAAGCAGAAGAAGUAGAUUUAAUAGAAAGUUUUUGGGAUUCCUCUCAACUCAAACCUUUGGUUAAUCGUUAUACAAAAGUUAUUAAAAACCAUGUAGAUGAUUACUCAUUUAAUGUGAACUUCAAAGCUCUUCUAACGGAUUUAAUGAAACAAAAACGUGAAAAUUAUAAUCACCCAGAAGAUUAUGAAACUUUUUGGUGUCAUAACUUUUAUAUACAGAUGAUUUUACAAAUAAUACGAAAGCAUAGCUCUAUACAUGAUAGUACUAUAAGUGAAUAUCAAUAUCGUAAGGAAAUUGUAAAUAUUUUGUUGGCAUCUAUUUUUCAUGAUGUUGAAACUGCUAUUUGGAUUCAGACAGAAAGACUGGGAGAUAAACACGAUGGAAUCCUUUAUUACAAUUUGAAUGGCAUUAAAGUUAUCGUUGGUUAUAUGGAAGUUGUGGGCAAUGCGUUUGCUUCCAAUACGUCAGAUAAAAAUAGUGAUUUAGAAAAAUUAUUGAAAGCCAUGAUGAUUUUAUUAUGGUAUCAAGACGCACAUCAACAGAUCAACGCACCCAAGAAAUUGCAAUCAUUCGCAAUUCUCGUUUUCG